GACGCCACGUCCUACAACUCUGCACGCAAACAUGUUAGCAGGGCCUGUUUGGAGUGCCGAAAGAGACACACCAAAUGCGAUGGUGAACUCCCAAGAUGUCGUAAAUGCGUCAAGUUGAAGAAAGAGUGCACCUACGUCCAGAGUCAUCGUGGUGGAUCGAGAAAGAAGGGAGUUCUGGUGACAAAGAAGCCAUCAGCAAAUCCAGCAUUAAAAAACGAAAUUCCAGAUAUUGAAGACAUCGGAACAUUUCAAAACAAGGGCAGCCUGAGCAGUGACGCCUCGGUCAAAAGCCUGACAAGCCCUCUGGAUGUUGACGCGGAGCUUGUCCAGGAGUUGGACAAACUCCCUUGUGCCGACCCUACUCAUAAAUGUGACAGUUCUAACUGUGCCACCAAGAAGGUCUUUGAUCAUUUUAAGGGAAGGCCAGCCACUAGACCUUUAAGUGACGAAGAACGCGAAACCAUCCAAAACUUAAGGAAGAAAGCCAAACUCCAUGCCAGUGUCAAAAAAAUCGAUGGUUUGUUCUCAGAAAAUGGAGUCAAAAGGACAGUCACCUGCUUUGAGGACUUAAAACUUCAAAAUUUCUACACUAACUACAGUAAUUUGGUGGAAACCGAUUUCUACGAUAAGGAAUCCAUUCUUAAAAAUUACUAUACAACCUUCCACAAGCCACAUCCAUUACUUCCCCAAAUAGACCAGCUAGAAGCGUUUUUUGUGCAUCCCAGCAUUGAAAAGGAGAUGAUGCUUUUAAUGAAAGUAAUCGGUGAUGGACAAACUACUAGCAAGUAUAGCAAGAACUUGGAUGUGGUUUCCGAUGUGAUCCUCCAGUGCUUGAACUUGAUAAGAGAAAAUAAAGUGUUGGAUAUUGUCUCGGUGCAAGUGUUAUUAUUAACUUCCAUUGUGGCACAUGUAUCAUCACUUCAUGUCUUGAGUCGAGAUCUUCGUCACUUUUGCAUUUACUUGACAACCGAGUUGGAAAUUCAUUUAGUAGAUGGUCCUAAUACUCCCAAGUUCGUUCAAUGUCCUCGUACAUUAGGCAUACCGCAUGAUCUACUCUAUGAUAGUGCAAGAAGAAUAUACUGGGAGUUGUACUUUUUUGAUGUCAUCAUGGGUUCUGCAGAUGGUAAGACUUUGACUUCACUUUCUAAGAUCGAUGCCACGGUCAACUUUCCCACAACACCUUCUCGUGAGAUUUUUGACUACGACGGAAGGUCCAAAACGGGGCACUUGGUUUCCGAGGCAAUCGAGAUGAACCAAUUGAUUCUUAGCAAGAAGCCCAUUGAAGCCAAGAGAAGCCGGUUGAGAUCAAACUUGUCAUCUUGGGAAAUGAAAUUGGGUGAUCCAAAGUUGUUCAACGCACCUCCAUUGGUAAACAAGAAUGGUAGAGUCAAUGAGGGAGUACAUCAGUCGAUAUUAUUGUUCAAUUAUGCCAGUGUCUUUGCGUACAGACCAUUUUCAAACCUUUGGAAAAUCAAUUCACCUCAAAACCCACAGUGUGGUGUGGAGGAAGGGUUGACUUCGAAACAUAUGACUCCUCAAAUUAAGUCAGAGACAACAUCUAGCAUCAUCGACACAAGAAAGACCAUUCAAGCAGCAGACUCGAUUGUAGAGCUGUUGAUCAACACCAAUUCGUCGAAAGUUGUACAGAGAACACCCGUGUUUGCUUGUGCACUUGCCCUCUCCUCGUUGGUCCAUGUAAGUGCAUAUAUCUGGGAGGAGCAGGUUCUCAAUGAUAAGAAAGGUGAGGAAGAAGGAAUCACACCAUCUGAUUUAGAAACUGUUGCAAACAACAUCAAGUUGACCCUUUCUGCCAUCUACCCCAUUUCACAACAUUGGAUACUAUCAGGAAAGUUGGCCAAGCAUAUUCGUGAAUCACUCUCUACCUUGAGGCCCCAAUUGUACACUAAAUUGAAGGAAUUUUUGCCAGACAUUGAAGUUAGCGUGGUAAAAGAGAACGAUUCAAUGUUGCAUAAAUUGCCCAAUGCAGCACGUGAACACUACGAUAAUAAUUCAUUGAAUGUAUCUUCCGAAAGCCCCAGUGUUACUUCAGAGUCAUCCAAUUCGCAGGCUAGUAUCCGCAAGAGGACCCUCCCUAGUAUCCAGAACCUCGAAAAUCCAAUCCAAACCCCUAGUGCAUUCAUCAAUACCAUCAAUGAAAAUGAUUUCUUUAGUGACCCCUUGAAUGGAUACGUCAGUCCUGUUUCUGAUACUGGAUGUGAUUGGAUUGACAAAGCAUUGGUUGACUUUUUCGAUACUGAAGAAGUG